CCUCCUAUAGUAUAACAUAUCGUUUGUAGACACAUCCGAGAACCAUUCCGACCGAGUGUCCCACCGUAUAUCCUCCAUCCAAAGUCAAAUCCGACUUAACAUCAAACUCAUACCCAUCACUAUUAACUCAUAAUAGUAAGAAAAGUAUCACUAACCGAUAAAUCCCCAGACUUAUCAUAGUUAAUAAAAUUAAAAUCAAAAUCAUUCCCCCCACCCCUCCCAUUUCAUUAUGGAUGUAGAACAUACUUGUCGUAUUUGUCGAGGUGAGGCGACCGACACUCAACCACUUCUUCAUCCCUGUAAAUGUCGAGGAUCUAUCAAAUAUGUUCAUCAAGAUUGUUUAUUAGAAUGGCUUAAACAUGCAAAUAAAUCAACUGAAAAAUGUGAUAUUUGUAAUACUCCUUAUACUUUUAAAAUUAUUUAUGAUCCUGCUAUGCCAUCAAGAAUUCCCAUGAAUUUAGUAUGGCAUAAAUUAAUUCAAACUAUGAGUCAUACUUUAAUAACUUCAUUAUCUUUAUCAUUAUAUGUUAUAUGUAUUUUUAUUCAAGUACCGUUUUAUUGGAAAUUUGCUGGAAGAAUUUAUACUUGGGCAUUAGAUGGGAAAUUACCUAUCCAAAAUCCUUCCUUUAAAGAUGCUUUAUUAUUUGGAGAAUAUGAUAUAAAUUCAUUUUUAUCUCAAUUUAAUUCUUCUGUAACUUCAUCUUCAUCUUCAUCUUCAUCUUCAUCUCUUUCUUCAUUAUCUUCAUUAUCUCCUACAAUUCUUAAUCCUUUCCAUUUAGAAUUCUUAACUCUUCGAAAACUUGUAUCUUAUACUUAUUUUAGUGGUUUAAGAUAUUUAAUUAUUGCAAUAAUUAUUCAUAUUGCUUUAUUUGUUGAACAUGAAUGGGUUGUAAGAGAUGAAGGUUAUCCAAAAUUAUUAAUGAAAAAAAUCGGUAAAGAACCUAGAACAAAAUUAAUUGAUAUGUUACAACAAGCUUUAGCAAGUAUAAGAAAUGAUCAAGCUAAUAAUCCUGAUGCAGCAGCAAAUUUAAGAAGAUUAGAAAUGAUAGCAACGGCUAUUGCUGAUUUACAAGAUAAUAAUAAUGAUCAAGAUCAACAAGGUAGAGAAGAAGCUUUAAGAAGAGUUAUAGAAGCAGGAAAUGCCUUUACUGAUUUAGUAAACAAUGAUCAAAUUCAUCCACAACCUCCACAAGAAGAUUUAUCAGAUGGAGAGGUAGAUGAAGACAAUGAUAGAAGAACUGUAUUUGUGAAUCCUAAUGGAAAUCCCAAUGGAAAUCCUAAUGGAAAUCUUAAUGGAAAUCCAGUUCCAGGACAAGUUCCAGGACAAGUUCCAGGUCCAGCACCUGCUGAAGUUCCUGUACCCCCAGCACCAGUACAAGUACCAGUGCCUGCACCAGUACCUGCACCAAUUCCUAAUCGAUUAGAUGAACUCUUGGCUAAUCGAUUAGAUGAAGAAACUGAUGAAUCAGAUGAUGAAGGUGCGGAUGAUGAAGCAGAAGCUGCUGCUAUUCAAGGAGCUAUGAAUGCUGGAGCCGGAGGUAUUGCUGAAUUCUUAGAAUUAUUUGGAAUUUCUUUAAACAUCAAGACUCCAAUAUUCUUAAUGUUUGUAUGUGAUUUUGUUAUUUCAGCAUAUUUAUUUAUCAUUUAUUUAAUUCCUCAUAUGUUAGGAAAUAUCUUUGUAUCAAUUAUUGGAGCCAUAAUUAAAUUUCUUAAUCAAAUAAUUAUUAAACGAUUCAUUUAUGAUUUAAGUUUAAUUAAAUUUGAUAUUUCUCAAUAUAAAACUGGUGUCGAAUUUUGUGAUUUUAGUAUAAGUUCAAUUCAAUCAUAUUUAAUAAAUCCAAUAAUUUCAACCAUUAAUAAAUUAUUCUUUGAAACCAGUGAAAAUAUUCAAUAUUCAUUAAUUGAAAGAACCAUUCUACUUGGGAUUGGUUAUUCAUUAAUUAUAUUUACAGUAUAUAAAAUUAUGAAAUCUUUAACAUCUGGUACUAAACCAAUUAUGGGGAAUCCUCGAAAAGUUUAUAAGAAACUUUUUGAAUUAACUUCAACUCUUAAAGUAUUUUUAAUAUUUGCUAUUGAAAUAUUCUUUUUCCCGGUUUAUUGUGGUUGGUUAUUAGAUUUUUGUGCUGCUCCAUUAAUUUUACCUCAAUUUACUAAACGGUUAAAUGAUAAUUCAAUUACUUUUAUUAUAUUAGUUACAUCAUAUUUUGAUUCAUUACAAAUUUCUUAUUUUAGAAUCUUACUUUAUUGGGGGUCUGGUACACUUUAUAUGCUAUUCUUUGCAUUAUUUAUUGGGAUGGUUAGAAGUACUGUAUUACGUCCAGGAGUUUUAUUCUUUAUAAGAUCUCCUGAUGAUCCAAAUGCAAGAUUAAUUCAUGAUGCAUUGGUUAAACCAUUAAUAUUACAACUUUCAAGAAUUUAUUUAAGUGCUAAAGUUUAUACGGGAUUUAUAUUAAUUGGAAUUGGAGGUAUUACUUGGGGAUUUAGAUUUUUAAUUAAUCAUUCUAAUUCUAAUUCGAAUUCGAAUUCUAAUUACGAUCAUUAUUUCUUACCUAUUGAACAACCCGGUUAUAUAGCCAUACUUAUAUUUGGAUUUUCAAUAUCAAGAAUUAUAUCAUCUCAACCAUUACUUACAAAAUAUUGUCAAAUGUAUUGGUUUAAAGCUUUUGAAAUAUCUUGUCAUAAAUUAAGACUUUCUCAUUUUAUAUUAGGUAAACCAAUAUCUCAAGAGAGAGGUUAUAUUGUUUAUCGUAAUAUAAUUCAAAGAAUUAUGGGAAAUGUUUUACCAGAUUAUACAAAACCAGUAACUUAUUCUCAAGCAUUAUCAUUAUUUAAAUUAAAUAAUGAAAUUAAUGCAUGUUUUAUCCCCAAUGGGAAUUAUGUUAGAGCUCCUGAUAAUGAUAGUGUAUCAAGAAAAUUUAUUAAGAAAUUAUUUGUUCCAGUAACUAAAGAUGAUAAAUUAUUAAGUGCCAUUGAAACUAAUAAUAUUCGAUCAGGUUAUGAAACUCCUUCAUCUGAAGAAGAUGAUGAAAUUAGUACAGAAAAUGCUUAUACCAUUGUUUAUAGACCUCCUAAAUUUAAAGCUCGAUGCUUUGGAUUAAUUUGUAUGUUAUGGAUCUUUGCUGUAUUACUUAUUUCUGGUAUAGUGUUUGGAGCUUUAGUAUUGGGAAAACCAAUCUUAUGGUUAAUAGAUAUCUUAAUCAAUUCAAGUAGUUCAACUAGUUCAACUUCAGCUAAUUGGAAAUUUGAAUUGGCUGCUUUGGGAGUAGGUCUUAGACUUCUUUUGGCUGGAUUAUCUAGUUAUGAUAAGUAUUUAGCUAGAGAGAAUGCUUCACCAGCAGCAGCAGCAGCAGCAGUAGCAGCACAAGCACAAGCACAAGUAGAACCAGAUCAACCAGAUCAACCAGAUCAACCAGCACCAGUCCUAGCAAACCGUCCUCAAAGAGUGGCAUUUGUUAAUGAUAUAGUUAACUUAAUAGUUCAACUCGAUAUCCCUCCCGUCAUUAUCCUUACUAUUAUGUUUUUCCUUUGGGGUUAUUGGAUCCUUACUAUUCAUAAGCUUUGUAUAGAUGAUCCCCUUCGAUAUUAUUUCCAAUUAACUCAUUUACCUUAUCUUAUUAGUGGAUUAUCUAUCCCAAUUCAUAUGAUAAUCUCCUUAUGGACUAUAGUUCCAUUCUUAAAUUAUGUAUUAACUAGUAUGCCACAUUUAAAUGGUGAACCAAUAGAUCGAGGUAAUAUUGGUCAAUUAUUAAAUAAGAGUGGAGUUACAACAGUAUUAAUUAAUUUUUCAAUGGUUCAUUUACCUGUAACUACUAUAUUAACCUAUUUUAAAGUUAAAGAUCAAUUGGUUAGUACAUCAUUUAGAAUUUAUAUUUGGCCAGUGGUUUGUUUAACAUUUGUAAUGUUUAAGUCCAUUCAUGGCAGUUAUAAUUUAUAUAAAGAAAUUAAUGAAAUGGUUAAGAAGGAGAAGUAUGUUAGAGGUAGAGCCAUUGAGAAUGUUGAAGGAUCAGAUGAAGAGUAAGUAGAUAGAAACAAUUAAAAUGUACAUAACAUAAACAAAGAUAACUAAAGAUA